CUCAUGUGCGUCAAAUAUUCCAAUUGAAUACCAAUGUCUCCUUCUAAGACCCCCAGACCAUCUCGUAUCACGAUAGCCUGCAACUCUUGUCGUACGCGGAAGCAGAAGUGUAGUGGGAAAAGGCCUGUGUGCACGCAAUGCUCUCAGCACAAUCGGAGGUGUGACUGGCCUGAGCAGCUCAAGCGUGGACCUGCAAAAGGGUACAUCGAAGUGCUGGAGCACAGGUUGCACGAGACAGAGAAUGCGCUGUUAAUGGUAUUAUCUCGGAUUUCCGAUGAGCAAUUCCUGAGCGUCUCCGAGCGAGAUCAAUCGAAUUACUUGCCAUCUCCCCGACAGGAGAAAAAGGGAACAGAGUACUGGAAGGAGUUCCCUUUAGAUACGGCAGACAACAUACGAAGAUGGCAAUAUGACAAUCAUGACAAUGGACCGACGGAGUCAAGCAACGGGGAGCAGAACUCGAGGUCAAGAACGGCUGAUAACCGUGCCACGGUCGCACCGUCCGAUAUGAGCAGUCCGAAAACAACUUCUGGUCUAAAUAUUCGAAGAGGUAUAUUUAUUCCAGAGUCCAUUUCGAAUCCACGUCAAAGAUCUUUUCUUACAGGUACACACAACACUCCCCGACCGGCCUGGAAUAUGCCUCCGACCCUCCCGACAGGGCAAAGAGGCAACGGAGAAUCAAGUCAACCUACCACCCCUGUUUUUCAGCAAAAUGGGUCCCUCCUAAAGACUCACGAACAAUUUUCUGCCUCCGAUACGCCGCGUGAACCAAGCCAGUGGAGUGAAGCGCCGUCGUUCAAGUUCCAGGAGCAGUUCCUUUGGUAGGGGGCAUACUGCGGCGUCUAGUUUGGAUACUCAAAGGCAAAUGAUCCUUGGAAAACCAUGAACUGGAAUUCACGCCCAGACGCCAAAGAA